GCACCAGCGACGCAGCGGACACUGGUGAAACAGCCGCAGCGGACUGCGAAGCACAGGGAGACGGGCUCAGCCCUGAGGACGUCCGCGCGCUCGCCGCUGAGCUGCAGGAUCUUGGCGCCUCAGUGCGCGACAGCCUGCUGGCGCGUGGCCUGAUAGGUGAACGUGGCGCCGCCGUGCUCGACGCCUACGCCGACUUCCAGCGGCGCGCCAACGCCUUCUUGGCCGACGGCUGCGCCGCGGUCGCCGCUGACGCCGGGGGCGCGCGCCCGGUUGGGGAAAGCGACGACGGCGGUGCGGCCCUCCGCUUGGUCGUGGAACUCAAGCAGGAGCUUGAAAAGGCAGGCCUGGCGUUGGUGGCGCCAUCCUGCUCCACGACCCGCUGA